AUGUCUAACGAUCAAUCCCUUAUGGACCGCAUUGAGUUCCCCGAGAUUCCUGAGGCGGCCAUGAAGAAGAUUGCCAUCCUCGAGGAGCAGUUCGCUCGCGCCGAGGUUGAGCAGCUCCGCCACACCCACAAGCUCAUGGCUCCUCUUAUCGCUAAGCGUAGCGAGAUCAUCAACAUGCCCGAUGUUCAGCCCGAGUUCUGGAUGCGCGUUUUGGCCACCGCUCCCCCCGAGAUCGAAGAGUACAUCCUCCCCAGCGAUGCUGCCGCCCUGGGUGAGAACCUCAAGAACCUGACCGUCGAGCGCUUCGAGCUCGAUGCCCAGGGCAACGGCGAGCCCCGCAGCUUGCGUUUCACCUUCGACUUCAAGAACCCCGAGGAGAACGCCUUCUUCUCCAACGAGAAGCUCGUCAAGGAGUUCUACUGGCGCCAGGAGGUCUCCAAGAGCAAGUCUGGUCGCACUCGCACCUGGGAGGGUCUCGUCUCCGAGCCCGUCCGCAUCAACUGGAAGAAGGAUGCCGAUCUGACCAAGGGCCUGCUGGAUGCUGCCUGCGAUCUCGCCGAGGCCGAGAAGAAGAACGGUGGUGACCGCCAGAAGCUCCCUGAGUACGCCGCUCUGGCCAAGAAGGUCCAGGAGCACGAGGAGGAGGCCGCCAACGCUGAGGACCAGGAUGAGGACGAGGAAGACAUGCCCAGCCCCGUCGGUGUGAGCUUCUUCGCUUUCUUCGGUUACCGUGGCCGUGACGUCUCUGCCGCCAAGUCCCAGGAGUCCGCCAAGGAGAUCGAAGCCCGCUGGGCCAAGGUCCAGAACGGCGAGGACAUUGACGAGGCUGGUGACUCUGACGACGAGGAUGACGUCGAGGAGGACGGUCUUGAGGAGGUGGAGAUCUUCACCGACGGUGACGACCUUGCCGUUGCCAUCGCCGAGGACCUCUGGACUGAUGCACUCAACUACUACGGUAAGGCGAGUGCACCAUGUGGGUGUGCCCACUGCUAA